UUUUCGUUCCUUAGAACGAAAUUAAAGUUAUAUAUAGCAUCAACUUUUAUAAAAAUGGAGAAAGUGGGCAAGGCUAAAAAGGCGGCGCGGGAGGAGAAACAGCGCGAACAGAAGCUGGAGGAGCUGUUGCUGAAGUCCCUCGCCGAGUGCCCGACGAACGAAGACAAAGUGAAGGUGCUGGUGCAGCGGCAGGUGGAGAGCGAUAAGAACGUGUGCCAGCUGUCGGCCGAACUCCGGGUGGUGCAGCGCCACACGGAGGGGCAGCAGCGCGAGAAAGAGGCGAUGCAGCGCGAGCUCAACAAGUGCAUCCUGAUGCGCGACAAGUUGCAGGAGGUGUGCCGCGAACAGCAGCGCAUUAUCAAGUCUGUGAAGAACGAGAGCAUGCUGCAGAUCAAGGUAGAGGAGGAGCGUCGCAAGGAGACCCAGAUCAAGUUCCAGAGCUCAAUCAACGACGUCCAGAAGGCGCUGUCCAAAAACAACGACGAGAACAUCAAGUUGCGCGAUUACAACAUCGAAAUGACCAAAAAGUUAAAGCUGCUGGCUGAGCAGUACCAGACGCGCGAGCAGCAUUUGGAGAAGCUCAACGAGCAGGUGCUGCUGGAGUCGCAGCUGAAUCAGGCCAGGCUCAGCAAGGCCCAGGUCGAGGCGGCCAUGGAGAAGGAGAUCCUCAAAAAAGAAAACCAAAUCGGUCUGGAAAAGCUUCUGCAGGCUCAGCGCAGCAUCAAGGAUCUGACCGAUCGUGAACACCAGUUGAAAGAGCAGCUGAACAUCUACAUGACCAAAUACGAUGACUUCCAGCAGUCGCUGACAAAGUCGAACGAGGUAUUCGGCAGCUACAAAAUCGAGCUGGAGAAAAUGUCCAAGCACACAAAAAAGGUUGAAAAGGAGUCUCUGGGCUGGCGCCAGAGGUACGAGAAGGCCAAUGCCAUGGUCAUCGAAUUGGCCACCGAGAAACAGUUGCGGGAACAGCAGUCGGACCGCCUGGUGAAGCAAGUCACGCAGUUGCAGAAGCUACUGCGGGCCCUACAAUUGGAGCGAACGACUCUGCACAAGAGCCUCAGGGAGAACAACAUUGAGAUUCCUCCUCUGCCACAGCUGCCCCCAGAGCCGGAGCCAGUUAAGAUGACGCCAGUCAACACCGACAAGGCCAAGAUGGAGCUGAUGAGCCGAAACUGCGCCGAGCUAAAGGAGACCUUGGCUAACUUGCAGAACCAAAUGAAGCUGCUGACCACAGCUGAGGCUAAGACAGCCAUUGAGGAAAAGAACAAGGCGGCCGAGGAUCAGCAAAAGCAGGCCAAUGCCAAGAAGAACAUCAAGAAGAAGGAGAAAAAGUCCAAAGCCAAGGCAGCGGCAGCAGCUGCAGCAGCAGCCGCAGCCGAAGAGCUCCCAGAAGUUGAUGGGGUUGCUGCCGAAACGACUGCCAACGGGGAGACACCUGAAGAAAAGAUAGAAGAAGGCGUCGAGGAAUUGCUGUUGGAGGAUGUUGAGACAGUCAUCAAACUGCAGGAAGCUGCAGGAGAUGCCAGCAACGUGAAAACCACCAAGGAUGCUCAGGAGCAGACCGCUCCGAUUCCGAAAGUGGCAGAGUCUCAGAAAACCGGGGGCGACGGCGAUGGCCCGCCAGCCGCUGAGCCCAACGGUCUUGCAGCAGUGCCAGCCCUAAUCGAUGCCGAUUAGACCACCGGCUGUCGACAGCUUCACAUCUCAUAACUUUUACUCAGACGGAUACGGACCGUUUGCCUAGCCCUCCCUCAAAGCAUUUUGUGUCAUUCAGUCUCAACCAGCAUGCUGCAUAAAACAACCACAAAUUUUGUACUAGUUAUUUAUUGUAUUUUAUAUUGUAUUUAUUUAAAAGAGUGUCUUCGAA